GCCGGAAGCACCUGUGUGGUGGUGCAAAGAAGAUGGCUUACCAGACAUUCCAGCAGGAAUAUUUACAGAUUCCUGUGGUAACCAGGGCAUACACCACUGCCUGUGUACUUACAACAGCUGCUGUGCAACUAGAACUCAUCACACCUUUCCAACUCUAUUUCAAUCCUGAUUUGAUUUUAAGGAAUUAUCAAGUAUGGCGACUUAUAACCAACUUCCUGUUUUUUGGUCCAGUUGGUUUCAACUUCUUAUUCAACAUGAUAUUCUUAUACCGGUAUUGUCGUAUGCUGGAGGAGGGUUCGUUCAGAGGCAGAACAUCUGAUUUUGUCUUCAUGUUCCUCUUUGGUGGCCUUCUCAUGACCAUAUUUGGCACAUUCGUGAGUUUGGUAUUCCUAGGCCAAGCGUUCACCAUCAUGCUGGUGUACGUGUGGAGCAGACGCAACCCCAACGUGCGCAUGAACUUCUUUGGUCUGCUAAACUUCCAGGCCCCCUUCCUACCGUGGGUGCUCAUGGGCUUCUCUCUGCUGCUUGGAAACUCCAUCAUUGUGGACCUCUUAGGUAUUGCUGUGGGACAUGUCUAUUUUUUCCUUGAGGAUAUAUUCCCCAAUCAACCAGGUGGCAGCAGAUGGUUGAAGACCCCCACCAUUCUCAAGAUGCUAUUCGACACUCCCGAGGAGGAUGCCAACUACAACCCACUUCCAGAGGAGCGGCCUGGAGGCUUUGCCUGGGGUGAAGGCCAACGUCUUGGAGGCUAGCUGGAGCUCCUUUUGCCACUAUUUUUCCUCUCUCUCUUUUUUUUUGCCUCUGGACAUUGAUGCUGAGUGCAGUGGGAGAUGAAAAACAAAGAUGUGUUCUCUCCCCAUCCCCCCCCACCCCCACCCCCAACCCAACACCAACUCGUUUCUCAUGUACUGAACAAUGAACAGAAACUCACUGAGGUCAGGGGAGAGACUCUUGGUUUGUCGACGUUUGCAGCCUUUUUCUCCCCGAAACUUUUUUGAGCCUGACUGGCGCUCAAAGCAGGAGAAGGGUCACUGCGACAGGAUGUUGCUUUUUAAAGUAAUCCUGCGCUGGCUACUGUUUUUUUUUUUUUCUUCUUCUUGUUUUGGUUUGUCUCGAUGUGCAACAGUAGUCAGUUGGCAUUCAACUGCAAAAGGAAAAAAAAUCUGGAUCAGUUCAUAUCAGAACAUUGUCAUUUUACGUAAAAAAAGAAAAAAUAAAUGUGUAUAAAGUGUGCAUUUA